GCAUCUUUCUAUAACAUACUGCCAUUACUGAGAUCUGCUGCAGAGAAAAAGAUUGGCCAACAUGUAUCAUACAUACACUGUUACAACCAGGGGUGGACUGACAACUCAUGGGGCCCCUGGGCAAUAGGUGAUCAUGGGGCCCCUAUGUCCUUGCCCACACCCAAAAAAGCCAAUGAAAAAGCCAAUGAAAGGUACCAGGGGCAUCUCAUGGGGCCCCCUACUGAUGCCAGGCCCUCGGGCAGUGCCCGAGUGCUCGAAUGGUCAGUCCGCCCCUGGUUACAA